AUGAGUAUUAAAUCAAUAGGAAAUUACAUCCUUGGUAAAACUUUAGGAGAAGGAACCUUUGGAUAAGUCAGAUUAGGUUAGCAUACUAUUACAAAUGAGACUGUUGCAAUUAAGAUUUUAGAGAAAGAUAAAAUGAAAGAAGGAAUCGAUUAUGAAAGGAUUUCAAGGGAGAUUAAUUGUCUUAAGAAACUACGUCAUCCUAAUAUAAUAUAGAUAUAUGAAGUAAAGAUGACAAUUAUUUGAAGAUAGUUUAAACUGUACACUCUUUAUAUUUGAUUAUGGAAUAUGCACCUGGAGGAGAGUUAUUUGAAGUUAUAAUUAGAAAUUAAAGAUUAAAUGAAAAAGAAUCUGCAGAGUAUUUGAUGUAAAUUCUUUCAGGAGUUUAAUAUAUGCAUGACAAUUAUGUUAUGCAUAGGUACUUAUUUUAUUAAAUAUUAGAGAUCUAAAACCUGAGAAUUUACUAUUAGAUGAAAAUAACAAUAUCAAAAUUGUGGAUUUUGGUCUCUCAAAUUAAUUUUAGGAUGGCUAAUUACUUAAAACUGCAUGUGGCAGUCCUUGUUAUGCAGCACCAGAAAUGAUAGCUGGUAAAGAGUAUGAUCCAAAAUCUGCAGACACAUGGAGUUGUGGUGUUAUUCUUUAUGCAAUGGUUAAUGGAUAUCUACCUUUUGAAGAUAAUAACACUGCCUAACUAUAUAGAAAAAUUAUUUAAGGAGAAUAUGCUCCUCCAAAGUACAUGAGUCCUCUAUGUAAAGAUUUACUUGAAAAAAUAUUAUAAGUCGAUCCUCUCAAAAGGUACAAUAUUCAAUAAAUACUUAAACACUAUUGGAUUCAAACUUGCAUUACCAAUCCUAUUCUUACUCCAGGAUAUGGAGAAAUCAAUAUUUGCAAUGAGGUUUUACAAUAAUUGGCUACCUAUAAUUUCAAAUUACCUUAAGCUUAUGCCUAUUUAAAAGCCAAUAAACAUGAUCCUGUCACAACUACUUAUUAUUUAUUGUUAAAUAAAUAUUUACGAGAAAGAUAGUAGGAUAAAGAGGAAGCUUUUUAAUAUAAAUUAAUUUAAAUUCCUCCUCCUCAACAUCCUCAAGAAGCUAUCCUUAAAGAAACUUCUAAUAUUUAAUCUCAAAGAAUUAGUUAAGUUGACACUAAAGAAAAUAAAACUCCAUUGCGAAACACUCAAGAAUUAAAAUCAACUAAUUCUCUAAGAACUUUUAAUGAUCAAAAUUCUUAAUAAGAAAGAAUCUCAUAGGUACCAGAAACAUAAAAUUAACAUGAGGUUGAGGGUGCUAAUGAAAAUUUAUAACUUAAUCUAUCAUAAAUUAAUCCUGUGAAUAACAAUCAAUUUGAAAUCAAUCAGGAUUAACCAUAAGAAAUUGAUAUAAAUACAAGCAAUAACAUGAAUUAAUUGAAUGUUUCUACUUAGAUUCCCUUUGUUGAAAGACCCUCUAUUCAAACAUCUUUAAAUAAUACACCAAUUUACUAAUCGAAUGUUAAUUACAAUUAAUAUGAUUGUAGUUCUCGAGUAAGAUAGGUUUCACUUAGUGUUGAGAAAAAACCUGAAACCUUAUUUCCUACAGUAGAAUAAAUUAAAAUGAAAGCAUAAUAAUUUAAAUAAAGAGCCCUUGAAAAUUAAGAUCGUUCACCUGCUCCAUAAAAACCAAGAACGUUGAAAACUCCAUUAAGAUCUACUCUUUAUAGAGCUCCUAAUUUUAGUAAUAAUUAACACUCUUACGAAAGACCAUAAAGUCCUUUAAUUGUUGUAAGACAACAUGAAGGUCCAUAUCAUAUUAAUUAACUUGUUUUUAUAGAUCCAUAAAAAAUUACUCAAAAAAUUAUAACUCAUUUGUAAUCUUAAAAUUACGAUGUAAAAAGAAAUAAAUUUGAAUUAAAGAUAAGCAAAAAUGAUUUUUUGAUGAGUUUCACUAUGGCUCUUUUAUGUGAUUCUGUUUAUGUUAUAAAAUGCUCUAAAAUAUAAGGAGACUCAGAAGAAUAUGAAAAAAUUUAUAAAUAAAUAAUUAAGUUGAGAUGA